GUUUACCUCUGCUGGCCAUGCCCCACUCCGCUCCGCUCCAGCUUUUCCUCCCUGGCUGCGCCUGCCCUACAUGUAUGUGUGAACGAAGCUGCCCCUUGUUUACAGCGCUGAUUUUUACGGAGCGGACGCCGACGGUCGAAGCCUGCUUACCGCACAGCUGCCAGUUUGCGCUUAUAAUUCAGAGAAAGGCCAUCGAGCUUAAUGAACAGGGGGGCUUUCGCCCUGCUUAUAGCGAUUAAUAUGUGAAUCGUGCGCGUAAGGUAUAACGGGAACAGCGAAACUAAAGGCGCUCGGUCUUGCGUGGCAGGGAAGGGAUGGCCAACUAGCUGCAAAUUUUUAACUGCAGAGCGGACCGCCGACGACGGAGGGAUAAAAAAGGGGGUGCAGUCGGUGUGACCAUUUUUGCUCUGGUGGAUAUUUGUAUCCGAGCCGCUUGGGGAGGGCCCGCUGAAUUGGGGCUCUGCGUUUUCCUUCGCCCGUUUUACAUGCGCCGAAACGCUGCAGGCUGUGAAUUCGGCUUGGGAUUGAUUUUCACGUUUAUUAAUAGGAUAAUUCAUUAAAACGAUAGGAAGAUAUACUAGGUGUUCUGUUUUUGGCCUCUGUUUUAGUAAGAUUAGCUGGCUUAGCUACGUGUACAUCCUUUUUAAAACAAGAAAUGGAGGCUGAAGAUGCGGAUUACUAUCAGACGACUGGAUUCGCCAACUCGUGUUUUUUGUUAACCUCACAUACAUUCUUGUAUUUUUGGCAAGAAUAACAAGACUUUUUGAGUCGACUGCAAAUGACCAUCUUUUUCUUCUAAAGGGAACAAAAAAAUAAACGCCGAUCAGAGACCACCCAUUUCGAGACGAUUGAAUCCACGCUACGGACAAAAAUAAAGAUCUCGAUCUCGUUACGACAAAUCAAUUAUUUUAACUAGGUAUUCAUCCUGCUCCCAUUUACAUCUCUUAAAAGGAAAAACUGUGAAGACGACUCCGAAGUUCAGUGUCUCUUUUUUUGAGAAAAGACCUCUUGCAUUUUAAGUCGAUGCAUUUAACAGGAAUGUGGUCUGGGACAGAAAGAAAUAAUUUGACCUUGUUAUGGGGUCUGUUACUCUCGAUCUACACGACCUGUAUGUGGCCCGCAAAUGGAGAAAUCUGUGGUCCGAGCAUCGACAUCGGCAAUGACAUCAGCGAGUUUAAGCGCCUAGAGAACUGCACGGUGGUGGAGGGUUACCUGCAGAUCCUGCUCAUCGGCGAUAAGGGCAGCAACGCCAACCAGGAUGUCUUCCGCUCCCUCAGCUUCCCCAAACUCACCAUGGUGACUGACUAUCUGCUGCUGUUCCGCGUCUCGGGCCUGGACACCCUGAGCACGCUCUUCCCCAACCUGGCCGUCAUCCGCGGCCGCACCCUCUUCUACAACUACGCCCUGGUUAUCUUUGAGAUGACCAGCCUGAAGGACAUCGGCCUGUACAACCUGAGGAACAUCACGAGGGGAGCCAUCCGCAUCGAGAAGAACCCGGAGCUGUGCUACCUCGACUCGGUGGACUGGUCGCUCAUCAUGGAUUCUGAUUCGAACAACUUCAUAGCAGGCAAUAAGCAGUCUAAGGAGUGUGCCGACGUCUGCCCCGGCGUCAUGGAGGACGACCCUCGGUGCAUCAUGACCAGCUUCAAUAACAACUACAACUACCGCUGCUGGACAUCAAACCAUUGCCAGAAAGUGUGUCCUGCCAAAUGCGAGAGGAGAGCGUGCACGGAGUCCGGCGAGUGCUGCCACCCGCAGUGCCUGGGCAGCUGCACGGUGCCCGACAGCGACGCGUCCUGCGAUGCCUGCCUGCACUACUUCCACGAGGGCCACUGCGUGCCCGACUGCCCCGCCGACACCUACAAGUUCGAAGGCUGGCGCUGCAUCACCAUGGAGCUUUGUGCCCGCGUGCACCUGCCCAACGACUUCGACCGCUUCGUCAUCCAUGCCGGCGAGUGCAUGCCCGACUGCCCCACGGGCUUCACACGCAAUGAGAACCACAGUAUGUUCUGCAGUGCUUGUGAUGGUCCCUGUGACAAGAUCUGUGAAGGGAAGAUGAUCGACUCUGUGGACGCGGCUCAGUCCCUCAAGGGCUGCACAAUCAUCAAGGGCAACCUCCACAUCAACAUCCGUCGGGGAAAUGACAUUGCAUCAGAGCUGGAGAGCUUCAUGGGCCUCAUCCAGACGGUGACGGGCGCCGUGAGGAUCCGACACUCGCACACGCUGAGCUCCCUGUCCUUCCUGAAGAGCUUACACUACAUCAUCGGGGAAGAGCUCAUCGAUGGGAUGUAUGCUUUCUCCGCACUGGAUAACCAAAACCUCCAGCACCUCUGGGACUGGAACCAGCACAAUCUGACCAUCAAGACUGGGAAGCUGUUUUUUCGAUUCAACCCUAAACUAUGCAUGUCGGAGAUUCGCAAGAUGUGGGAGAAGAGUGGCAUCACCAGCACCUUCGAAGAGGGUGACUUUCGCAACAACGGGGACAGGGCCAGCUGUGAGAGUCACAUCAUCAAGUUCAAGUCCAACAGUACCAGCAGUAACAAGAUCAAACUGACCUGGGAACGCUACCGACCUCCGGAUUACAGGGAUCUCAUCAGUUUUAUCAUCUAUUACAAGGAAGCACCUUUCCAGAACAUCACCGAAUUCGAUGGUCAGGAUGGCUGUGGGUCCAACAGCUGGAACAUGGUGGAUGUAGAACUUCCAAAGGAAAAGGAUGUGGACCCUGGGGUGCUUCUCAGUCCACUGAAACCCUGGACUCAGUACGCCAUCUUCGUGAAGGCCAUCACCCUAGUUGUCGAUUACAAGCACAUCUUCGGAGCCAAAAGUGAGGUGAUCUACAUUUGGACAAAGCCCUCAGAGCCAUCGAUGCCGAUGGAUGUCCGCUCGUACUCAAACUCCUCCACGAAGCUGCUGGUGAAGUGGUCUCCUCCAUUCUCUCCCAACGGGAACCACACCUACUACCUCCUCCGCUGGCAACGGCAGUCUGAAGACAAAGAGCUUUACAUGCACAACUACUGCUCCAAAGAGCUGAAGAUCCCCAUUAGGAUCUCAGCCACAGGAGCUGUAGAUGCAGAAGAUGACAGCAAGCUUCCCAAGACAGACGCCGGUGCCGGGGACAAAGGGCCGUGCUGCCAGUGCCCCAAGACUAGCGAUGACCUGAGGGUCGAGGCGGAGGAUGCUUCUUACCGCAAAGUCUUUGAGAACUUUCUUCACAACUCGAUCUUCACUCCCAGGCCCCCAGACCGUCGCCGCCGAGAUGUCUUCGGUAUAGCCAACUCCACCCUUAUGUACAGCGUGAGCGGGAACACCACCGAGCUGGAAGGCAACGCCACGGACGGGGUCCCGCACACCAUAGAGUACCAGUUUGAGGAGACCACGGUGAGUGGCAAGGAGUCAUGGGAGAUCUCUGGCCUGGAGGCCUUCACUGUGUACCGCAUUGACAUCCACGCCUGCAACCGCGAGGUGAAGCACUGCAGCGCGGCCGCCUUCGUCUUUGCCAGGACCAAGCCAGCAGACAAGGCAGACGACAUACCAGCACCUGUGACGUGGCAGGGGGGCGAGCGUGAAGACGACACCGUGUUCCUGAAGUGGGCAGAACCCAAAAGACCCAACGGGCUGAUUUUGAUGUAUGAGAUCAAGUUCCGUCUGGGUGCCGAGGCCGAGAAGCACGAGUGUGUCUCCCGGCAGCACUACCGGGAGCAUGGGGGAGCCCGGCUAAGUCACCUCAGCCCAGGGAAUUACUCCGCCCGCAUCAGAGCCACCUCGCUGAUGGGCAACGGCUCCUGGACUCUGCCUGUGGCCUUCUAUGUGAAACAGCUAAAACUGCACGACAACUUCUUCUAUCUCCCAAUCAUCAUCCCUAUCAUCGUUUCGUUCAUUGUCAUCAUCGGAAUAACAGCGCUCAUAGUGGUCAACAAGAAGAGGAAUAGUGACCGCCUGGGGAAUGGGGUUCUGUACGCCUCUGUCAAUCCUGAGUACUUAAGUGCUGCUGAAAUGUACGUACCAGAUGAGUGGGAGGUGGCACGUGAGAAGAUCACUCUGUGCCGAGAGCUAGGCCAGGGCUCCUUCGGCAUGGUGUACGAGGGCGUGGCCAAGGGCGUGGUCAAGGGCGAGGCUGAGACGCGCGUGGCCAUCAAGACGGUCAACGAGUCAGCCAGCAUGCGCGAGCGCAUCGAGUUCCUCAACGAGGCGUCCGUCAUGAAGGAGUUCAACUGCCACCACGUGGUACGUCUUCUGGGUGUGGUCUCUCAGGGCCAACCUACAUUGGUGAUUAUGGAGCUGAUGACCCGUGGAGACCUGAAAAGCCAUCUGCGGUCCCUCCGAUCCAAAGAGAAUUCCUGCAGCGAUACCUUACCCCCCCUGAAGAAGAUGAUCCAGAUGGCGGGGGAGAUCGCGGAUGGCAUGGCCUACCUCAACGCCAACAAGUUCGUCCACAGAGACCUGGCUGCCCGGAACUGCAUGGUGGCCGAGGAUUUCACUGUGAAGAUUGGAGAUUUCGGAAUGACGAGGGACAUUUAUGAGACGGAUUACUACCGCAAAGGGGGCAAAGGGCUUCUGCCGGUGCGCUGGAUGUCCCCGGAGUCCCUCAAAGAUGGCGUGUUCACCACCAACUCUGAUGUCUGGUCGUUCGGGGUGGUGCUGUGGGAGAUUGCCACCCUGGCAGAGCAGCCCUACCAGGGCAUGUCCAACGAGCAGGUGCUGCGCUUCGUCAUGGACGGGGGCCUGCUGGACAAGCCAGACAACUGCCCCGACAUGCUGUUCGAGUUGAUGCGUAUGUGCUGGCAGUACCACCCGAAGGCGAGGCCUUCCUUCCUGGAGAUAAUCAACGGCAUCAAGGACGAGCUGGAGCCGCCCUUCAAGGAAGUCAGCUUCUACUACAGUGAGGAGAACAAGCCCCCAGACACAGAGGAGCUCGACAUCGAGCCAGAGAACAUGGAGAACGUGCCCCUGGAUCCAGCGUCCAGUCGACGGCACGUGGUGGCAGCCAGCCAGGGACCCCCGGAUUCCGGGCCAGGCGCUGUCUCCCGCUCUCCAGGACCUGCCCGCUCAGCCGGCCUGCCCUCGGACUCUCACUCAGGACACACGGUGGCCAACGGGCCUGUGGUGGUUCUGAGGCCCACUUUCGACGAGAAGCAGCCCUAUGCGCACAUGAAUGGGGGGCGCAAAAACGAACGGGCUCUUCCCCUCCCGCAGUCCUCCGCCUGCUGACCCGGGCCGCCCCUAACACCCCUCCCCGUGCCUGUCCUCUGACCUUGGAAAUGCAGAGCCCCCCCCCCCCCCAACCCCACACACACACACACCUGUUUCCAUAGUCACUCGUCUUCCCUUAACAAUGGAGAACUAUGGGGAGGUGGACCUUCGAAUUAAAAAUAAGAAACGAGUCAGUUCAAGACAGUCAAUACUCUACUGUACCUCAGUGGAUUGUUUUCAUGUUUUAUUAUACUAUUAUUAUUACUGUUAUUGUUGAUAAAGAGAAACCUGCUGUCACUGCAGAAGGGGAGAUGGGCAUGCUGGGUGCCCCCUCCCUCUCCCUCCCCCAUCUGCGGGACCCUUUUGUACAAUGUCUGUCACUUUUUAAAAAUUCCACUCGGAUUAAAGCAGUCAGGCCGAAUAGGCUGCCUUUCAGAGGGGUGACGUGGACAGUCAAUAAAAUGGACUGUUUAGCACAAUGUUUCCCAAUCCGGUCCUCGGGGACCCACAGACCGUGCCCGUUUUUUGCUGCCUCGCAGCUCCCGGCCUGUCUGGUAGGGAGUUUGGAGGGAGCAAAAAAACAUGGAAUGCCUGGGUGUCUGAGGACUAGAUUGGGAAACACUGGUUUAGCAUAUCUGCCAGGGGAUCCAACAGAAAAGCACUUUCUUUGUGGGUUUAGGGGAGGGGGUGUGUGUGUUUGUGUGUGUGUGUCUUUCUUUUUCCCUCCAUAGGAGAAUCUGUCUGCCGCGGACUGUCUGUCUUUCUCCACGCUCAUUUGGAGGGACUUGUUCAUUGUUGAAGAUUGUGUGGUUGGAGGGGUAAUACCUUUUCCCCCCUCUCCUUUGGUUCUGUGGUGCGCAUGGGAGGGGAGACCCUCACAAUCUGCCAAAAUUCUGCCAAAAUUCUCUCUGUCUACUAGUUUGUGACACUGGUUUUUCUGUAUUUAUUUUGUCCACCCCUCCUCCAUUCUGUAAGUUUGUUUGGGCUCCAAAUCACUUUUGUGUACAAAUGCAACCGACGUAGGUUUCGCCCGGGUGAUAAUCGGGCGACUGUCUCCAACAGCCGUGAUUUAAACAAAAAAAUUUUGCCAUGAGCAACAACAGGAGCGACACAGAGUGCUGUUCGAGGACCAAAAAGGGCUCGGUGUAAGGAGAAUGAACAAGCAAACCAAGACGAAAGAGAGUAAUGCAAAAAGAAACCAUAUGAACAAAAGCCUACAGAUGGCUGGUCAAAAACAAACACAACCAGCCUUCUUUUGAUGACUGUUUGUUUGGGCUUGUCUGCCUGGCCUGGUCUUUGUACAAUCCAGACAUGUACGGUCUUAGAAUUGUGUGUUAGGGUUGUUAAUGUGCGCAGUUUGUUUCUCCUUACUUUUCUAACUUUUUAUUGGGUUACUCUUUUGUCUGUCUCAAAAAAAACGCUGCUAGACCUUUUCCCUCAUUGGGAGUCUUCACACACUCGUGAACACGCAAACGCACACACACACACACACACACACACUCAUCCACACUUUUCAGGUUUAGUCUCACAGUUUCCACCAAAUGUGUAUCAUGAUACAUCAUACUUCAGCAAAAAAAAAAUAAUCAGAUUUCCUUCACUAAAAAGUGUAUUUCCGCAGCGUCCAAUGUCUCUUGUUUUUACAGAUAACUGCAGUGGAUCAUAAAUAUGAGUGUUGUGUUUUUCCCCUCUCUGUAUGCCUUAGCUCCCUACGUAUGUGCAUAUACCGUUGACACUCCUCAGCACCUCCCGCUGGCCCUUUGACGGUACCCCAGUCUCAGGUCAGAGUAGGGCUUCGGACCCCCUGCCCCAUUCGUUUCAGCCCUUUGCAUCCAACCGUGAUCCCCCAACAUCUCUCGAAACCAUACACUGUAGCGGUAUGUUGCAGUGCCCUCUAGCGCUGCAUUUUACAAUCAGGAUUAAUUACGGAAAUAGUCUAAUUUUCACUACUGGUAAAUCAAUCUCUCCAUUUAUUUUAUAUUCAGUUUUCAUUCAGGGCUAAUUUUGAAACACAGAUCUGCCUUUUUUAUGCGACUCUUGCAUUAUCCCCCUCCAAAGAUAGGCUCCAAUCUGCUUCACCAACACACUUUGGUUUUUGACAGUAAUGGGAAAAGUCUCUAUACAAAUGGUUCUAGUUGGGUUGGCAGCCGUUUUGCUUGGUACAUUUUAGAGCAUGUUAGCUUUGAACAGUUGCUGGCCCACGUCAACACUCAACAGACACAUUACACAUGAAGAUGGGAUAAAAAUGCACUUCGGUCAUGAUGCAGAGUUGAUCUGUGGGUUUUGGUUAAUGCUCUUCCUUCAUUGUACCUUUUUGUCAAAUUUGAAGUUGACUUUUCUUUUGGUUCCCCAAAGGCUUGCCUUGUAUAAUUGAUUGUUUUUGGUGGCUUCAUCACUUGGUUAGGGGUCGUCUUUCUUUUUAUUUUUUCUUUCCUUAUAACAUUAAUCUACCUCACUCUUUUAUGUAUGUAUGUAAGUAUGUAUGUGAAAAAGAUGCAUCUCACUUUUGUUAUCAGCCUGAUGUGGAUAAUUUAUUAUCCAAAUCCGGGUAAAAUUUGCUUCACAGACCACACACUUUACAGACUUGGGAGAUGCUCAGCGCUGUCUUCAACCACCUCUCCACGGACAAGUUUGAAUGUUAAUAUGUCGGUGUACCAGUGUGUGAGAGAGGCCAGCCGGUGGCCCAGGACCUAAGCGUUUUGCUCACUGGUGGACAGUUGGCUGUAAAUGUCCACGUAAGAGAGCCUCCUCCCUUUGGUGCACAUAUCAGUCUCCACAACCGUAGGUCCUCUGAUCUUUGCUGGCUAUAACCAUUUUGGUAUAACUGUACUUUUUCCUGUUGCUGUUUUCAGAUGAAUUCAACAGACAUCUGAUAAAAUGGGCUGAUGAGUCUGUCUGAGUAUUUGUGUGUUUCAGUGCUGCUGUGAUGUUUGGUGGAUAGAAGGCUGAGGGUUUGGUGUUUUGUAAGGCAUAAGGUUCAGGAAACCAUGACUGGGAGAUGGAGAACUAGCCCUACCUGCUUCAAAACGUAUUAUCUGCAGCCCGCCGCUGGCCUGGGUGGACGUGUUGUCUGUGGCUUUCUGCCGUGUCACCAACACCAUUGCGUCGGUGUUCUACCGACACUCUGGCCAGUAAACAUACAAACGUCAGUCGUGCAAAGCAUGCGCGGGUGCCCUCCACGCUUCGCCACACCCUAAGGCCAUCAGCCUUGGUCACCUUGCUUCCUAAUUCAGGCAGCUGACCUUCCUCCUUUUUCGCUGGAGAUGUUGGGAUGGCAUGUAGUGUUGCUAUGUUUCAAACCAUUCCAGCUGCUGGUUCAUUUUCCCCCAGUUAGAUCGGUGGAGUUGUUAUGCAUCGGCUCAGGGCUACAGGCCUCGACCAUGAGGGCGGCUGGGCUAGGCACAGUCGAUGCCUGAUAGCGCCACCUUCUGUUCUGCUGCUGAUUACCUUGCUGCUUUAAUAGGUACUUCGAUACAAAGGCCGGGCGUGGCCUCUGUAUCAUUCAAUGCUGGGGUGGUUUGGGUUGCUGUUGAUGUGUCGGAAGGCCAAAUAUCCCAGACUGGAACCCGUAAAACACAGCUGCUUAGGGUGGGUUUAAGAUGGAGGUGCAUGGCAAGGGGAUGCUGGAGCAGUGUGGAAGCGCUGAAGGUGCGAAAUGCGGGCUUGCAUUGGUUUGCUAGACAGGCGCAUGGAUGAUGUGGUCCAAGGUAGGCACAAACCUGUUUGCUCAGACUAAUUGUUCUUCACAAACGAGCUCCAGGGAUUGUCUCAGGGCAGCAUUGGAAAGAUGGGUAACGCUGGAGAGGUUUGUGUGUGUGUGUGUGUGUGUGUGUGCGUGCCACCUUUCUCCCAAGGCUUUGUGCUUGUGUUGUGUGUACGUAUGGGUGUGUCACGUUAGCUGUUAGUGUCGAAUUUUAAUGUCUUUAAUUAAAAAAGAAAAGAUAUCAGUGCUAUUUAUUUUCUUUUUUUGUUUCAUUUACAAUGACACAAAGGACAUAAGGGUAGGUCUGUUGUGAAGUGAAUGUCAGUUUACAUUGAAUGCUGCCAGAGUUCCUUCAUUUGACAAAUUUAGUAAAUAUAAAAUAAAAACUUUAAAAAAAAAAAAAAUUAAAAAAAAGUAAAACUCAUGCAUACACACCAACACAGAGGACAGCAAUGUCUAGUAGAUUACGGGUAGUCAUAUGACAGAAAAAAAUGGUCAUGAAAUUUAAAAAGUUUACAAAGCAUUUUGGAAUUUUUUUAGGUUUAAAGUAGUAGUAGUUGAGUUGCCAGUUCUUUGUAAUAUUCAAAGUGGAUUGAAUCAGUUUAUCAUUGUUACCAUCUAGUCUGAUUUUCUUUAUAACAUGGUAUAUGCAAACCUCAGGUUUAGGGAAGUAUAAUGCAUAAAAUUGCAAUAAUGACCUUGAGGUUGAUAGAUUUAUUUUCCAGGCACUGUUUUUCUCUCCUGCUUGGCAUUCCUCUAUGCUUUUAAAAAGGGGCCUUGAUCUACCCAGACCUUUACUUUCAUUUCAGUGUUUCCUUUCUCCUGUACAAAUACUUUGGCUUUGUUACCAUUAAAUUCAAAUUAUUGUUUUCAUUUUGGCAAGUACUGUGUAUUCUGAAAAGGUUUGUGUUCCUGAUUUUUCUCCUAGUUCAAAUGGAAUCAACUAUAUACAUAUAUAUAUAUAUAUAUAUAUAUAUAUAUAUAUAGUUAUUACACGCACACACACUUGUAUAAUCUGAGUUAAUGGGUAAUAUGAGAAUUUAGUGGAUAUGCUGUUCUUACGUUUUGAUUCUCUAAUAAAAUCUAGGAGUCAGUGAAUAUGGAAAUUUUUCAGGCACCUAUCUAUAGUUGAGGUUCACUGGUGAUUUAAGCAAGUAACAAUGGACUUCUCCGGUUAUCUAUAAUAUGUCUGGUUUUUCUUUGGGGUCCAUUGGAGUUUUACAGUAACUGCUGAUCACUAAUUUACGUGGAUAACUAAGACGCCAAGGUGUCUGUAAAAAGGCACGUUAUUGUAUAUAGGCCUACUGUUUUGUUGAAAUUGCGUUCGCUCAUUGAGUGUCGAACUGGGUUUGGAAAAUCGAGGACCCCAGUGGUGAAAUUGAGGAAGUGACCUGGCGUUUAAUUGCGAUCGAUUAAUCGAGAUGCACUGACAUUUUAAGAUCUAUGGGUGAAUAGAUUUUUUUCACGGUUACAUGUGAAUGCUUACCCUGUUUAGUAAACUCUAAGCAACUCACAAUUAAGCAAACCUUCUGAAGAAGACCAAGUAUCUACUGUGCACCGCGUUUGCUACAUCCAUUUCCCACGGACUCGGGCCGGUCAAAUUUAAAAGCAACACAGACGGUCGAUAUGGUUUCGCUUCAUAGCAUUUUCCCCAGGAGUGGUAAUUUCCAGUUCUGGAGGUGACCAUGCUUAUACUAUAGCUCAGAUUGGGUCAUUCGGUGGAUUUCUAAUGAAUCGCGUUCAUCGGAUUGUGAGUUAAAAAGCUGCAGUUAGCUUGAUCGUUAAAUGAAAAGUUUGUUCUCCCAAAGAUUUUUUUGACAGUAGUACUAUUAAAUCAUGGAAAAUGUAUCAAUGGGUUUUACCUAUUUGGUUAAAUUUCAUGAUUAUUUUGUGACGAAGAUUCAAACAUUUUUCAUGGCUAUUUGCCUCAGUUUACCACUGGAAAGGAUUGCAUAACUGAUAUGAAAAUCAUACUUUGUUUUUCUUUACCUUCUUAAAAACAAUGGCCCAGAAUUUUGCUAUGUGAAUUAUUCAUACAUUUCCUGUGUUUAUAUUAAAAUUAUUCAGUAGAUUGAAGAGAUUUCAUAUUUGUAUAUUCUGUUGUAAGAAUUUAUUCCUGUUAUCUAUAUAUUCUGAAUUCUUAACAAUACGGGGAAAUAAACUGUAUAUUUUGAAUGUUUCAA